AUGAACUCCUUCCGUGUCGCCCGCGCCGCCCUGCGCGUCCGCCCUACCGCUUUCGCCGCUCCUCUUGCCCGUAGAGGCUACGCCGAUGUCGCCUCGGACAAGAUCCAGCUGUCUCUGUCUCUUCCUCACCAAGCUAUCUACAAGUCGCAGGAUGUCAACAUUCCCGCCGAGACUGGUGACAUGGGUGUCCUCGCCAGCCACGUUCCCUCCAUUGAGCAGCUGAGACCCGGUCUCGUUGAGGUUAUCGAGGAGUCCGCCGGCAGCAAGCAGUUCUUCCGUACGUUUACACCCUACACCUUGGAUAAACCACAAGCACAGAACAGUUGCGAGAAGUUGGACACACCCGGCUCCAAGCUCAGCAUCAACGCUGUUGAGGGGUUCCCUCUUGAGGACUUCAGCGCUGAGAUCGCCGAGGCUCAGAAGAUCGCAAGCGGCAGUGGUAGCGAGCAGGACAUCGCCGAGGCCAAGAUCGAGCUUGAGGUUUUGGAGAGCCUCCAGGGUUUCCUGAAAUAA